AAGGGCUGGGCUGUAGCUCAGGGGUAGAUCGCCCCUGGGUUGGACACCCAGUAUUGGAAAAAAAAAUGAAAACACUGUUGUCUAGAGAAUUCACACAGAGGGCCCUGUGCAGAGCCUUUGGGGCAGUAAUGACACUAAAAUAUUAGCAAAGACUUGAAAGUGUUUACCUUCUAGCGUUGUUUGUGUGUGUGCCUAGGCAGGUUGCCCUGUGACCUCAUGGCCCCUGAGUAGGGUAGGGCCCUACUGGGUGGGGUGUUGGCUGGGGUGUUGGCUGGAGGGAGGCAGGGAAGGGAAUGGGAGACGCAAUCCCAGAGGAGAGUGUCCUGCCUGGCGGGCACCAGAUAUUGCACCCUUUCACGCCUCCUCUCUGUUCUUGCCACACGGGCCCUGCUGGUCAGGCCUGUGCUGGUGACCCUUGGUACUCGGGGUCCAACAGAUGCAACAGCCUUUACCAUCCUGAACCCCAACACCGAUGGCAGCUUGCCAUGGGCUCCCUUAAGGGACAUUGGUGGAAGGGGUCGGUGGGUGGGUGGGGCGCCCUGCAGAGUGUGCCCCGAUGGGACCCAGGGCUAUAGUGCCUGUGGAGCUUCAAAGUUCACAGGGAUGAGGGAUCGGGACUGCUGAUCUGGCCAGAAAAGGAAAAAGUCUUCAUCCCAAAUCAGUCAUUGCGGGGAGCCUGGGGCACAGGGUCCCGCGUCCCCUGCCACGCCACCUCCGGGCCGCGCGGGGGCGCUGUGGCGGCGGCGGGCACUCGGAUGAAGGCGGGCGCACAAGGCUUCCGCUGCUUCUCCAGCCGGUGGCAACGGCGGCGGGAGCGGUGGAAGCGCAGCCGGGGACCCCACUCCCCCGCCCCACGGUCCGGCCAUGGACACCAGGUGGUGGGCGGUGGUGGUGCUGGCGGCGCUGCCCUCCCUGGGCGCAGGCGGGGACCCCGAGGCCCCCCCGGAGUCGUGGACGCAGCUGUGGCUCUUCCGCUUCCUGGUGAACGCCGCGGGCUACGCCAGCUUCAUGGUCCCUGGCUACCUCCUGGUGCAGUACUUCAGGCGGAGGAACUACCUGGAAACAGGCAGGGGUAUCUGCUUCCCCCUGGUGAAAGCCUGUGUGUUUGGCAAUGAGCCCAAGGCCUCCGAUGAGGUCCCCCUGGUCUCCCGGACAGAGGCAGCAGAGACCACCACGACUUGGCAGGCCCUUAAACUGCUCUUCUGUGCAAUGGGACUGCAGGUGUCCUAUCUGACUUGGGGUGUGCUGCAGGAAAGAGUGAUGACCCGAAGCUACGGGGCCACAGCCACGUCACCUGGCGAGCGCUUCACAGACUCGCAGUUCCUGGUGCUGAUGAACCGAGUGCUGGCGCUCAUAGUGGCGGGCCUCACCUGUGUCCUCUGCAAGCAGCCUCGACAUGGGGCGCCUAUGUACCAGUACUCCUUCGCCAGCCUGUCCAAUGUGCUCAGCAGCUGGUGCCAGUACGAGGCUCUCAAGUUCGUCAGCUUCCCCACGCAGGUGCUGGCCAAGGCCUCCAAGGUGAUCCCUGUCAUGCUGAUGGGGAAGCUGGUGUCGAGGCGCAGCUACGAGCACUGGGAGUAUCUGACGGCCGGCCUCAUCUCCAUGGGAGUCAGCAUGUUCCUGCUGUCUAGCGGCCCUGAGCCCCGCAGCUCCCCAGCCACCACGCUCUCGGGCCUCCUCUUACUGACAGGCUAUAUCGCCUUUGACAGCUUCACUUCCAACUGGCAGGACGCUUUGUUUGCUCACAAGAUGUCAUCUGUGCAGAUGAUGUUUGGGGUCAACUUCUUCUCCUGCGUCUUCACAGUGGUUUCACUCCUAGAGCAAGGGGCUCUCCUGGAGGGGACCCGCUUCAUGGGGCGGCACAGUGAGUUCGCAGCCCAUGCCCUCUUGCUCUCCAUCUGCUCUGCCUUUGGCCAGCUCUUCAUCUUCUACACCAUUGGCCAGUUUGGGGCUGCUAUCUUCACCAUCAUCAUGACCCUCCGCCAGGCCAUUGCCAUCCUCCUCUCCUGCCUGCUCUAUGGCCACACUGUCACUGUGGUGGGUGGGCUGGGGGUGGCCGUGGUGUUUGCUGCCCUCCUACUCAGAGUCUAUGCCCGGGGGCGGCUAAAGCAGCGGGGAAAGAAGGCUGUGCCUGUUGAGUCCCCUGUGCAGAAGGUCUGAGGGCCCAAGGGUAAAGUGGCAGGAUUUUCAUGUGCCCAUUUCUCUGGCCUCUCCCACUCUAGCUUCUGAGGCCCUGGCUCCAGGGUAGAUGUGGUUUUUAGUAUCAGGCUGGCUCUACAGGUGGGGUGGGAGCCAGGAGGCAGCCUCCCUUGCCUUAAGCCACCUGUGCCCCAAGUAGGAGUCCUGUGGCAGUCAUUUUCCAGGUCAAAUCUGGACCAGCGGUGGGCUCUGCCACCAGCCCUCACCUGUGCUGGCUGUUUCCUUCAGACCCCACCUGACCUGCAUUUCUUACUCUUGUGAGAAAAGCACAACUCUAAAUGCUGCUUCCCAGGGGUAGGACUCUUGAGGAUGGUGCUGUGCUGGGGAGGGGUGGAGCCCUGCCCAGUGCUUGCUGCUGUGCCUCUGGGCUGAGGCAGGUGCAGGUUUUGGUACUUUGGAAAUGUCACUUUUUGCUCUUAUUUUAUUAAACUGCUGCAACAGA